CAACUUCAACCGCGCAUCAAAGGGACUCUCGAUUGGCCUCUGACAAGAUGUCAAACCCACAGGAAGCAUGGCAGAAGCUGCAGAGGAUGGCAAUGCAGGGCGGGAGGGGCGGAGGACCAUCUCCCAGAGGACUCGGCGGAGCUGUUGGAGGUCUUUUCGUUCUGGGAGGACUCGCUGUCGUGGCCAAUAAUUCGCUUUUCAAUGUCGAUGGUGGCCACAGAGCUAUCAAGUAUACGAGAAUAGGUGGUGUGAGCAAGGAGAUCUACUCGGAAGGCACACAUCUCAAGAUUCCAUGGUUCGAGACGCCAAUAGACUAUGAUGUUCGAGCAAAGCCACGCAACGUUGCUUCCCUUACCGGUACAAAAGAUUUGCAAAUGGUCAACAUCACCUGUCGUGUUCUCUCCAGACCCCGAAUCGAUGCCCUUCCACAAAUAUAUCGAACGUUGGGAACGGAUUACGAUGAGAGAGUUCUGCCGUCGAUUGUCAAUGAGGUCUUGAAGAGUGUGGUUGCUCAGUUCAACGCUAGCCAGUUGAUAACACAACGAGAGAAUGUGGCAAGAUUAGUCCGAGAGAAUUUGUCGAAGCGUGCGGCGAGAUUCAACAUCAUGCUUGAUGAUGUUUCUCUGACGCACCUUGCAUUCUCCCCCGAGUUCACGGCCGCUGUCGAAGCUAAGCAAGUCGCACAACAAGAAGCCCAAAGAGCCGCAUUCGUUGUUGACAAAGCCCGUCAAGAGAAGCAAGCCAUGGUCGUCCGAGCCCAGGGUGAAGCUAGAUCUGCCGAGUUGAUUGGAGACGCCAUCAAGAAGAGUCGAUCCUAUGUUGAUUUGAAGAGAAUCGAGAAUGCGAGAGCCAUUGCCCAGAUCUUGCAGGAGGCUGGCGGAAGGAACAAGCUGUAUUUGGACUCGGAAGGUCUGGGACUGAAUGUCACCGAGGGUUAUGAGGACAAGACGAAAAAGUAAUGGCAUGGAAUUGUAAAAGGAACUCUCCACUGUACGACAGAUAACAUUGUAUUCUAUCCCAAAAGAGGCUUCCAUUGCCUUUGCUCCAUAACAUUCUCUCAUGAUAUUUCACGUGGCUUCGUUCCUCGAGC